CUGUGCUGCUCCAAAUGCGCUAAGCUACGAGCGCAGACCAAACCGGACGGACGGUAGCUUGGUUUAUUUCGGUUUUCUGGACCUCUCCCACGUUUCUGGACCUGUGGCGGACAACUUAGAGGCGACAAGAUAUAGUGUCGAGAACUUAAGGGACUCCCCUGUUUGUCUUUGUAUUUAUUUGCCGUGGAGCCCGUUGGCAAUCAUGUCCCGGAGGAAGGUGAGGGGGUUGACGCGGACGGGGCGACAGGUGAGCGAAGACCCCGACAUUGACAACUUGCUGUCUACACUGUCGCCCGAGGAGGUGGAGGAACUAGAGAAAGAAGUUAUGACCGUUCCCGACUCCGAUCCGAACGAGACGCCCGGCAUCAGACCGGGGAACCGGCCGGAAAAACAACCGUCAUUAAACAAUAACACGGAGGCCAAGCGGGACCCCUGCGAGACGAAGAAACUUCCCCGAAGAGAGCUGUCGUUCGAGGGGGAGCCCAAGAAGGAGAGCAGGAAACAGGAGUACCUGCGGAAGAUGGGACUGAGCCAGGAGAAGAGCCUCUCCAGGUCGCCCAGCCAAGAGGGAGGCCCCCAAAGGCAGGCCAGUGUCUCCUCUGAGGGAGAGCACAAGACGGAGGAGAGAAACUGCCAGGAGAGGGGUGAUCCCAGAGAGGACCGGAGCGGCCUCUCAGAGGGCAAGGGAAAAGAGAGAGAGGAGGAGAACAAGAAGAAGGCCGAGAACAACAGCAAGACGAAAGGCCUGAUAUCCAAACUGCAGGAAAAAAAGGAGGUGGGCAGAGAGGAGAGGAGGGAGGAGGGGAAGAAGAGGGACGAGGGGAAGACGAAGGAGCUGAUCUCCAGGCUGCAGGAGAAGAAGGAGAAGGUGGAGGGAAAGGAGAGGGAGAGGAAGGAUGACAGGAAGACCAGAGGACUGGUCUCCCGCCUGGAGGAGAAACAGAGCAAGACAGAGGUGAAGAGUGACAAGGGGGAGGAGAAAGGCGACGACGAACGACAGAACGAAGAGAGGCAGGAGAGGGAGAAAGACAAGGCGCGCGAGAAGGUGGAGAGGGACGGAGGGAGGGACAGAGAGAGCGAGAGGGCGGAGCGAAAGGCGGCGAGGGAGGAGAAGGAGAGGGAAGAGAAGGAGAAGAAACAGAAGGAAAGUGUAAAAGAGAAAGAAGAAAGAGACGAGAAAGGGGGAGGGAAGGACAGGGAAAUCGAGACGGGGAAAGAGAGACCGUCGAGACUGAGCGGGAAGGAGAAGCCCGCCGGGAACGGGCAGAGCCCGGGCGGCAAGACCGCGGAGGAAGAGGAGGACGACGAAGCAGCCAGCAUGUUCGACGAGCCCCUGGAGAAGGUCCGCAGCAACGACCCCGCCAUGACCGAGCUCAACGUCAACAACUCGGAGGUCAUCAAGACCAAGACGCUCAUCCAGUUCGCCGAGGCGCUGAAGGACAACACCCGCGUGAAGACGUUCGCCCUGGCCAACACGCGCGCCGACGACCACGUGGCCUACGCCAUCGCCGGGACCCUGCGCGCCAACAAGACCAUCACCAGCAUCAACCUGGACUCCAACCAUCUCACCAGCAAGGGCAUCAUGGCGCUGGUCCACGCGCUGCAGCACAACGCCGCCCUGACCGAGCUGCGCUUCCACAACCAGCGGCACAUCUGCGGCGGGAAGACGGAGAUGGAGAUGGCCAAGGUGCUCAAGGACAACGCCACCCUGCUCAAACUCGGCUACCACUUCGAGCUGGCGGGGCCGCGCAUGACCAUGACCAACAUCCUGAGCCGCAACAUGGACCGGCAGCGUCAGCGGCGGCUGCAGGAGCAGAAGCAGGCCCAGGCCAACGGUGGCGGGGAGAAGAAAGGGGGCGCUCUGGAGGUCCCCAAACCCGGCGCGGCGUUCCUCAAGGGCUCACCCCGGGCCUCCCCCAAAAUCUCGCCUCAGCCGUCCCCCCUGCCCUCGCCCAUCCCGUCCCCCAAGGUCACUCCGAAACGCGGAGGAGGAAGAGGAGGAGGAGGAGGAGGAGGAGGAGGAGGAGCCCCGCCACCGCCAGCCCCGCCCCCGCCUCCUCCUCCCGCGCCGCUACUCGACGGCGACUUCCUGCGGAACUCCUUGUCUCCCGUGUCCGAGCGGAAACUGGACGACAGGGGGGCGGGGCGAGGGGGCGGGAAGAACUCCAGGGACCAGCUGCUGGCCUCCAUCAGGGACAGCGACCUGAAACAGCUGAAAAAGGUGGCCGUACCCAAGCUUCUGCAGUGAACGGGAGGAAGGAGGGAGAAGAAAGAAAGAUGAAGAAGGAGAGCCGGAUGGAAGAGGGAACAGGACAGACAUCUCACCUUUGAGGAGAUCAGCACUCUGGCUCAAUUUUUGUUUUGACUUAAAACGUGGGAUACAGUCUGAUCGCUGAGAAGGCACAGGAACGGGGAGCAU